AUGGAUAGCGUGAUAGCAGGUCAAUGCCAAGGUUCAAAGAUAGGUCAGCGAGUGGUGCUUCCAGCUUCAUUUAUAGGAGGUCUUCGUGACAUGAAAAGGAGAUAUGUUGACACUAUGGCAUUGGUACAGAAAUUUGGUAAACCAGAUUUAUUCAUUACGAUGACUUGCAAUCCUUCAUGGCCAGAAAUAAAGGAUCAUAUGCUGCCAACAGAUGAAGGACAUAACAGGCCAGACUUACUGACUCAAGUCUUCCAUGCAAAGCUUGAUAUAUUGAAGCAAGAGUUAUUCGAAAAAGAGAUAUUUGGAUUUGUUGCUGCAUACACCCAUGUCAUUGAAUUCCAGAAACGUGGUCUUCCUCAUGCUCAUUUCCUCAUAAUCUUGAAGCCAAGUUCAAAACUUUACUCCACAGAUUCUUAUGACAAAAUAGUUAGUGCAGAGAUGCUAGAUGAGACCAAAAACCGACAUCUUUUCAACAUGGUUCGUAGACAUAUGAUUCACGGUCCCUGUGGGAAAAAAAUCGAAAGAAUGUCUGUAUGCAAGGAGAAUAUCAGAAAAAAUGCAGAAACAAUUAUCCAAAACUAUUUGCUAAUAAAACCUUCCAUGGAGAUAAUGCAUACCCCACUUAUCAAAGAAGGAACAAUGGAUACAAAAUGA